CACAAAACCUGGAACAUGAAGUUCGUGGACCUUUUUGGGCGCCUAAAAUCCGUGGUUAUUGGAAUGGUUCAUGUCAAAGCCUUACCAGGCACCCCGCUGGGCUCUAUGAAGAUGUCCCAGAUCACUGAAGAAGCAUGCAGGGAGGCAGCAAUCUACCGUGAUGCAGGGAUUGAUGGUGUGAUCAUUGAGAACAUGCAUGAUAUCCCUUACUCCUUCUCCGUGGGCCCUGAGGUGUGUGCCUGUAUGACUGCAGUAUGCACCGCCGUGAGAAGCGUCUGUCCGUCCCUGCCGCUCGGAGUGCAAAUACUGUCUUCUGCUAACCAGCAGGCACUGGCCAUAGCUCUGGCUUCAGGUCUGGAUUUCAUCAGGGCUGAGGGUUUUGUCUUUUCUCAUGUGGCUGACGAGGGCCUCCUGAAUGCCUGCGCCGGGGACUUACUGAGAUACCGCAAACUGAUUGGAGCUGAGCAUGUGCAGAUCUUCACCGACAUCAAAAAGAAGCACAGCUCCCAUGCCCUGACAUCAGACGUGAGCAUCGAAGAGACGGCACGUGCCGCAGAGUUCUUCCUCUCUGAUGGACUCAUCAUCACGGGAACGGCCACCGGGGCGCAGGCUGACCCGCGGGAGCUCAGAGAGGUCUCCCAGUCUGUGAGAAUCCCAGUGCUUAUAGGUUCUGGAGUGACCUAUGACAAUAUUGAACGCUACGUUGAUGCAAACGGGAUGAUCAUCGGCUCUCAUUUCAAGGAGGGAGGCCACUGGGCCAAUGCGGUCGACCCCGAGCGAGUGAAGAGGUUCAUGGGAAAGAGACACGACCUUCUAAAAUGA